AUGAAUACAAUGUAUGCCGUUUUCUACUUGAUUAUGGUUGUGAUGACAGGUAAAGCCAGUUCAUAUGUACCAGCUUUCGGUAGUGGUGGUUUUUCAAGCGGAAGCAAUACAGGAUACUUCCGUGGAAGCAAUACUUUUGGUUAUGGAAUUGGUAGUGGAAACGGCCUGUUUAACACUGCAACUCAAAGGAAUCCAUUCUAUGUUGAUGUUGGUAGUAGAAACAGCCUGUUUAACACUGCAACUCAAAGGAAUCCAUUCUAUGUUGAUGUUGGUAGUAGAAACGGCCUGUUUAACACUGCAACUCAAAGGAAUCAAUUCAACUAUAAAAUUAAUAGUGGAAAUGAUCUGUUUGGAUGGGAAAAUAGAGAUAGCCUGUUCCAUGUCAAUAGUGGAAGCCGUCUAGUUAAUUCUGUGCCCCAGAAUACUGGAAAUCAACAAUUUUCGAAAGACGACUUUCUAGAAGCAAUUCGCUCAAAAGAGAGUGGUAAUGACUAUAAGGCACAAAAUCCUCGUAGCUCAGCUUCGGGAGCCUAUCAAUUCAUCGAUAAAACAUGGCGAAGCUUAGGUGGCUCAACAGCACAUGCUAAAGAUGCUAGUGCUGCCGAACAAGAUCGAAUUGCAAGCAGAUAUGCCGAACAUCUGUUGAAAAAAUAUGGUAAUGACUAUUAUAAAGCAGCAAGAGCAUGGAACCAAGGCGAACCUCGAACUGAAAAAGAUCCAAAUGCCGGUAGGGCAUAUGCUGACGAUAUUAUUCGACGAAUGAAUGAAUAA